UGGGUGUCGCUGUGCAUGCUGGUCCAAGAGGAACAGAAACACGGUGCAGAGAGGGAAGACACCUCGAACUCUGCUUACUUUGUUAAAUGCGAGCCGAGAGUGCUGUGACUAUUGGUGUAGGGUUCAAAGUCGAUUGUCAUCUACAGUUUUGGAUUUUUGCCAACUCGGAUUGAGUUUUGCUAGGUGAAAGCGGGAGCAAUACAAUGUAUCCAUGCCCGACCUCUCAUUGCUUCGCGGUCCUCUGACGAGCUCAAACCCACUGUCUAUGGAGGGACAAACGAAAAGCGCAACGCUCAGGUACCAAGUACCCCCAUUUCGGUUAUCUGGGAGAUGGUAACAAAUGAACGGCACUGGAGGGAACAUGGUUGAGAGGACCAGCAAAUUUUUGUUUAUCGUCGUCGGAUCCGUCUUCUUCAUGCUGAUUCUAUAUCAGUACGUGGCUCCUGGGGUGAUGAACUUCGGGUCUCCGCAGGGGUACCUCGCCGAGGACAACAUGGAUAUUUUCCCCACUCCGGAUCCCCAUUAUGUGAAAAAGUACUACUUCCCUGUCAGGGACUUGGAACGCACCGUUGAUUUCGAGAUCAAGGGUGAAGAUGUGAUCGUGUUUCUUCACAUACAGAAAACUGGCGGAACCACUUUUGGCAGGCAUCUGGUGCAAAAUGUUAGACUAGAAGUCCCGUGUGAUUGCAGACCAGGGCAGAAAAAGUGUACAUGCUACCGUCCCAACAGAAAGGAGACCUGGCUGUUUUCGAGGUUCUCCACUGGCUGGAGUUGCGGGUUACAUGCGGAUUGGACCGAACUCACAAACUGCGUUCCUGGAGUGCUCAACAAGAGAGAAAAUAAAUCUAAAAAACUGAGGAAGUUCUACUACAUCACCCUGCUGAGGGACCCUGUGUCACGCUACCUGAGUGAGUGGCGCCACGUGCAGCGCGGCGCCACCUGGAAGACGUCCCUCCACAUGUGCGACGGGCGCACACCUACGCCCGAGGAGCUGCCGCCCUGCUACGAGGGUACAGACUGGUCAGGCUGCACCCUGCAGCAGUUCAUGGACUGCCCCUACAACCUGGCCAACAACCGGCAGGUGCGCAUGCUCGCCGACCUCAGCCUGGUGGGCUGCUACAACCUCUCCACGGUGCCCGAUAAGCGGCGCUCGCAACUUCUCCUCGAGUCGGCCAAGAAGAACCUGCGCGACAUGGCCUUCUUCGGUCUGACGGAGUAUCAGCGCAAGACGCAGUUCCUGUUCGAGCGCACCUUCCGACUGCGCUUCAUCCGGCCUUUUGUGCAGUACAACAGCACGCGGGCGGCGGGAGUGGACUUGGACAACGACACGGUGGCGCGCAUCGAGGAGCUCAACGACCUGGACAUGCAGCUGUACGACUACGCCCGCGACCUGUUCCAGCAGCGCUACCAGUACACUCGGCAGCUGGAGAGACGGGCGCACCGCUUGGCACUUCGGAGUCACGGGCUGGACCCCCGUGAUUUACUCAGAGAGGAGGGUGGUGUGGGGGGCGAGGGGACAGCCAGGCUGCCCACAGAGGACUACAUGAACCACAUAAUUAACAGGUGGUAGCCCCUAUCCCAUCCCACCCCAACCACCCACUUUCCUGAUCUCCCCAUUGUCUGGUAUGGUGAGGUUGCAUCAGAGUGAAUGUUUAGGAAAGGUGAGAUUUGGCACUUUUGGCUCGAGAGGAAGAAAGUUGCAGAGGAUUGGGUGCUGCAGUGGCUUACCUACAGACUUUGCAUGAUGCGAGCUGUGGGUUGCAAACCAGAUGAUAUCACUUCCCGCUACUGGAUGACAUAGUCCUUCUGAUCUUCUUGGACUAUGUGGAGAGGUCAGAUCUUUGAUUGGAAGCCCAUGAUAAACCUGAGUCACGGGGCUUUGUGAUUGGAAGCCCAUGAUAAACCUGAGUCACGGGGCUUUGUGAUUGGAAGCCCAUGAUAAACCUGAGUCACGGGGCUUUGUGAUUGGAAGCCCAUGAUAAACCUGAGUCAUGGGGAUUUGUGAUUGGAAGCCCAUGAUAAACCU